AUGCCACGACAGGUGUAUACUGUUUGCAAAGGCGCGAGCACAGGAUUCACACAGUCCGCGCCGACCGCCCAGGCUAUCGGACUUCUGGUCCUCGAGGCGGCAAUGUUCCUCGCGACAUGCAUCAUCCGUCCAUUCGUGGAUAAGGCAGCCAACUUGUUUGUCAUUGCCGCAUUCGUUUUCAGCUUCCUCAGCUCCAUCUUCGUGCUUAUUUUCUCGGAUGUGUUCGACCAACCGGCCAUGAUGACUAGUAUCUUAAGAGUCCUAUGGGCUCUGUACAGUGCGGCCAUGACGCUCGCGCUGCUCGUUUGGCUGCUCAUCAGCUUUUUAACGCAAUGA